UCGGAAAUGCUCACCCAUGCAAUACAAAUUAACACGAAGGGAUCACAACUCAACUCCAAGCAAGGAAAGACACCAGAGACAGAAACAAAGAAGGAUGAGUAAGGUGAAGAUUUUGGUUGUGGGAGGCACAGGUUACUUGGGUCAGCAUCUGCUACAAGCCUAUGUUCAUGCCAAUGCCAAUAAUGGAACUCCUUUUGCUUUCGAUCUCGCUUUCACCCAUCACUCCUCUCCUCCUCCCCAACCUCUGUUGGAUGCCAUUCCUUUCUCUCUUCCUUUUCAAGUGGAUUUGAAAACUGGCUUUGGAUUUGAAGCCAUUUCCAACACUUUUGGUCAGCCUGAUGUGGUUGUCAAUUGUGCUGCCAUCUCAGUUCCUCGUGCUUGUGAAAUUGAUCCUGCUACUGCACAUGCUAUUAAUGUGCCAUCGUCUCUAGUAAAAUGGUUGCAAAGCUUUGAAAAGAGAAGUACUCUUCUCAUUCAUCUCUCCACAGAUCAAGUUUAUGAAGGGGAGAAGUCCUUUUACAAGGAAGAAGACAUUGCUGUUCCAGUAAAUGUUUAUGGAAAAACUAAAGUGGCAGCAGAGCAGUUCAUUUCAGAAAAUUAUCCGAACUUUGCAAUUUUGAGAAGCAGUAUCAUCUAUGGGCCACAAACAGUCUCACCAGUUCCAAAAUCUCUUCCUAUUCAGUGGAUUGAUGGUGCCCUUGCUAAAGGAGAAAAAGUGGAGUUCUUUCAUGAUGAGUUUCGUUGUCCAAUUUAUGUCAAGGAUCUUGUAACUAUCAUACUAACUUUAACUAGCCAAUGGAUAUCGGAGGGCAAGCAAAUGCAAUUGUUACUUAAUGUUGGUGGAGCUGAUAGGGUGUCACGUUUACAAAUGGCUGAGGCUGUUGCAGAAUUUAGAGGAUAUGAUGCCUCAUUAAUCAAAUCAGUGUCUGCCUCAUCGGUUGAUCGAGGGGUGAAGUCCCCAGCUGAUAUAUCUAUGGAUAUCACUAGAUUGGUUCAAACCCUAAGAAUUCAUCCUGUUUCAUUUAAAGAUGGAGUGAGAUUGACACUCACAACCGAGGCUAGGCAAUGAUGAGACAACAAAGAUAUCAAAUAAGGCUUCCUUGUUAGCAUUUGAGUCUUCUUUCCUACCAUUAAGACUGAAAUGUGCUCUCAAAAGCUCUUACUACAUUUAGAUUGUUGUAUAAUAGAUAAAUUCUUGAAAAAGUCAAACCAAGCCAAUUUGUAGGAGCUGCUGGGAAUUAGAAAAAGGCAAGUAGCUAAUGAAGUCACAAAGGCAGACGUCAAUUGUCAUUCAUCACUUUCUUCCAAGUCCAACAAGUUGGUUUUGUGUCAUUCUCCCAAUAAUUUCCAAGAUAUGCAUUUUAUACUACAAGUCAGUGUAUUAACGCACUGAAACAUUGAACAUUUUAUGUUCAGUGAAUGGCAAAAUACUCGAGUGAUUAUUGUAGGAAUUGCCUUCCAAUUGCUAAUAAUGUGUUUAUAUUUU